AUGGGACUGAUAUUAGCAUAUUUCUGCAUGUCCAAAUCAUCCGAGGGUUGCAGGGUCUACAAGCCAUCUCUAAUUCUCAUGAUUCAACAACUGAAUAAAUCGGCCAAUGUGUGUGUGAACCCAUUUUUAACCCUCUACUGUGUGUUCUGUGGGAAGAGUGUGUGUGAAGAGAGUGGAGGAGUCAGAAGAACCUCAGCCGCUGUUCAGUGCCAGUGCUCCACCUGCCAGCCUCAGUCUACUGGGCAACUUUGAGGUACCUCACACUCACUCACUCACUCACGUCACAUAAGUGUACAUGCAUUGUACCUAAAGCAUGUGUGUGUUACAGGAGUGUGUGUUGAACUACCGCCUGGAGCCGUUGGGGUCGGUGGAGGGUUUCACGGCCGAGGUGGGUGCUUCCCGGAACCUUCUGCCCCAGUCACAUGACCUUCCCCGUCGACGUUUCCUUCUACAGCGUCUCUGACGACAACGCACCCUCGCCAUACAUGGGAGUCAUCAACCUGGAGACUCUGGGUAAAAGGGGCUACCGUGUCCCUCCAUCAGGAACCAUUCAAGUGACCUUAUUUAACCCCAAUAAGACGGUGGUGAAGAUGUUUGUGGUGGUGUAUGACCUGAGAGCCAUGCCUGCCGGCCACCAGACCUUCCUCCGUCAGAGGACCUUUUCUGUCCCCGUUCGACGGGACAGCACACACUCACACAAACACGGCAGCCCAGACAACACACACACACCCGGCAGCAGCAGGAAAGCCCUCUCCCUCGGCCAGGAACGCAUCCUGCGCUACCUCAUUCACCUGAGGUUCCAGACCUCCAGGUCAGGUAAAGUGUACCUCCACAGGGAUAUCAGACUGCUGUUCAGUAGGAAGUCUAUGGAGGUAGACAGUGGAGCGACCUAUGAACUCAAGUCCUACACAGAGACCCCAGCUGACCCAGCCUUCUCCCCGCGCUGCUGACACACACACACACACACACCUCUAUCUGCACUGACACACACACACUCCUCUAUCUGCACUGACGCACACACUCCUCUAACUACACUGACGCACACACUCCUCUAACUACACUGACGCAUACACGCACACCCACAGAGCUGUCAGAGAGCUGGGCUCAGAGCGUUCUCGUGUGGAACAGUCCAGACAGGCUCCGUCCCAGAUACCUAAGGCCUGGAGAUUUUGCUGACCAUGAACAACUCCUGGCUCUACAGAACCCUGCUGUUUUCUGUGACGCUCAAACACGUAUUUAUACAUGUAGAAAAUGUAUUAAAGACAUGCUAAAACACACAUCAAAAACACAAUAGCGACCAUGGACCACUGACUGACCAGAACAAGCAAUCAAGAGACUGAGAAAAUUACAAGACGACAUUGAAAAAGCGCACUGUGUAUUUCCACGACUGGAAAUCAAAAGGAGUAAUAUUCUAAUGUUUUUUGUAUUGUUACAAAAACAAAUCUUUAAAGUGUUGCAAUAGAGAGUAACAUGUAGCUUUAGUGUUUACAUAAUUUUCUUUGUUUACCGUCAGUUAUUUAAUAUUUAAAUGAAUAUUUCAGUUACUGCUUAUGUGACAUCUAUCAUCCUCAGCAUUAUGAUCUAGUGCAAAACUAUGUAAAUCAUAAUGUGUAUUUUUGACAUGAACUCAGAUCUGAAAAUAUAUCUAUAUCUUAAAGCAAUCUUGAAAGCUG